GAACGAUGCGCCGUGCUCUAGGGCUGACAGAAAAUUCAUCUGUCAGAAAAUACCUGCAGGUUGCCCAGACGGAUACGUCUAUCAUCAACCUGGUCACCUGUGCUACAAGGCCUUCAACGACAAGAAAACCUACAACGCUGCAGUCGCGACCUGUGCUUCUGCCGGUGGAACCCUUGCCAUGCCCUACGACACUGCCACCAACAAGUUCCUCAUCUACCUGAAGAACGCCGUCGACAACAACGCUUUGUUCCGCUUUGGGCUGACAGAUCACCACCAGGAGGGAGGCUGGAUGUGGGAGGAUAACGUUGCACUGGGAAGCUUCAGGGUAUGGGGUCCAGGGGAACCCAACAACUUACGUAACGAGGACUGUGCCGAGUACUUCCCUGGGAGUCACCCGUCCCCCAGCAACACCUGGAACGAUGGACCUUGUACCGACGCCAACAGGAAGUUCAUCUGUCAAGUUACGCCAUCAGGCUGUCCUUCGGGCUACCAACAGCAUGGCCGCAACUGCUACAAGGCGUAUAGCGAGAAAAAGUCUUACGACGCCGCUGCAGCAGUAUGUCGCGUUGGGAGCGGGAGUCUGGCCAUGCCACGCGACCAGGCCACCCACCAGUUCCUGAUCACCCUGAAGAACCAGGUCGACAGGGCUGCAGGGUUCUGGCUGGGCUUUGACGAUCGGAGCCAGGAGGGAGGGUGGCGGUACGCCGACGGGACCCGCCUCGGGAGCUUCCAGCCCUGGAACACGGGGGAACCGAACCAGUACGGUGGGAACGAAGACUGUGGUAUGAUCAAUCUGGACCCAAAUAACAAGUGGAACGACCUAGGGUGCUCUUCCCAACUCCACUUCAUCUGCCAAAUAUCUCUCCAAGUUGUGGACUCUUGCGGCGGCAACCUUCCUGGUUCUGCUGGCAUAUUCAUCUCUCCCGGCUACCCCCAAACUUACAGCGACAACCAGAAAUGCAGAUGGUUCAUCAACGUUCCACCAGGACAUGUCGCCCGCCUGACCUUUCUGGACUUUGACCUUGAGAACCGUUUUGAUCACGUCACCGUCCUGGAUGGAUGCAGCAACACGGAGCUGGGCAAGUUCACCGGCACCAGCCGUCCUCCUGAUGUCAGCAGCUCCGGCAGGACCAUGGAGGUCGUCUUCACCACGGACCACUCGGUGAAAGAGCGCGGUUUCAAGGCUCGUUAUUACGCCGUAGCUAAUCACGUAGCUGGCUCCGGAAAGAGGGAAAUGUCUGCCCCAGAGGAGCUGGAGCUAGGAGAGCCUAACGAAGAUCACGAGAAGGGGAUGCUAGAGGAGGAUGCGGCGAUGCUGGAGAAUAACAUCCUUAGCGAGAAAGAGGGGGUAGGAUGUGUGCACAAAAAUGUUCUAUAAAGCAAUGGAAUCUGUUACGCCGACAGGG